UCCCAACUUUUCCCUAUUUCUCUAGCGAGCACUUAAGCUCUGUGUCUUAGGCCAAUUAUUUUGUGUGUGUGUGUGUCGAAAGAAGCCAGACAGAAGGAUGGACAACAUUUCUUUGAGCGAACUUCUGAACCAUUUCGAACAGAAGGUGAACGAAAAGCGCGACGUGCUGUAUGAAAAAAUCAUGCAGCCGGACUGCAACGGUUUGCGGCGUUCGUCCAUGCUGCGUCAGCUGCACUGUUUGGUAGAGGCGUCGGAUGCGCUCAGUACGGCCGGGCAGCACAUCCGCAAAAAUCAUAACCGCUACCUGCACGAAUCGGCUGAGCAGCCAAAACCGAGCCGGCAGGCCCUAUCCAGCGACUCCAGCGACGAGCCGCAGGAAGAGAGUUCGCUCAACGAACGGUACCGAUCGGCAUUUGGUGUUGGUGCGCGUAUGCUCGCACGGCGCAAAAAAGCGGCGCCGAAGGAACAAGUGCAACGGUCCGCUUCGAGUGGUCGAGUGGGAACGGCCAUGCCGAUUGGAAGGGCACCGUCACCGGCACCUGUGCUGCACUCGUAUGAUUAUCCGUGUUGUUCGGCGAGGUGGAUACCGCCAAGGCCGCCGACGCCGGCUGCGGUGCGGAUCGGCAGAAGGCUGGCCAGCUGGUCGGCAUCGCGUCCGGCAUCGCCGCCAUCGCCACCAUCACGGUCGGCAUCAUCGCCAUUUAAAGAGUUUCGACUUCCAAAUGGAUGGCUAAAGCAUGAUGACGGCAGUCAAGCGGCUUGCGUCUAUGAAGCGGAUGUGAACGUGUCGUGCACCAAGUUCUGA